CUGAUAAAGUUAGGAAUGAUGUAAACCAAUGGGUGGAAAAUGAGACAAGAGGACUCAUCAAAGAAAUUUUGCCGAAGAGUGUAAAAUUGACACCCUCUCUUUGUCUUGUACUUCCAAUUGGUUUUGAGAUGGAAGCCCAUGAUUCUCAACGUAUUAUAUUUCAAGGGAUUAUGGAAAGUUCCUUUCAUGGCCUCGAAUACUGCAGAUGAAAAGUUUCACAUUCUUAACGGAGAAACAAUCAAAGUACCUUUCUUGAAGAGUUUUUAUGUUUAUCACUCCUAUGCAUCCCUUGAUGAUUUCAAGGUUCUCAAACUCCGAUAUGAAAGAGUAGUUGGUGAUGAUGGAAAGCCCUUACAAUUCUCUAUGUACUUGCUUCUUCCUCAUGAUACAUACGGAUUACAAGAUAUGGUGGAAAAGUUCAAUUUGGAUCCGAAACUGUUGGCGCCCAAGAGUCUUAAUAAUCAUCUAAGGAAGGUGAAACUUUCUCGUGUGUCAAUUCCCAAAAUGAAAUUCUCAUACGAUGUUGAUGCUAUGGAGUUACUUGAAGAAAAAGGAUUAACUUUGCCCUUCACUGAGGGUGAAGCAGAUUUCUCAAAAAUGGUUUACUCUCAUCUUGAGUCUAAUAAUGUUUUUAUAGGGACUAUGCUUCACAAAUCUUGUAUUGAAGUGAAUGAAGAAGGUACAAAGGCUACUUCUGCCACCUCACUUCGUUUUGAAAUCGAAGCUGAAUGUGAUUCAGAUUCAUCUCCUCCCCCACUUCCUACCUUUGAUGCUGACCAUCCAUUCAUGUUUAUGAUUGUUGAAUAG